AUGCGCGAACUCGCCGCUCGCGACGGCGCUUUCGCCGCCCAUAGACGUGUGACAUCAUCGCCAUCAUCCUCGCACGCUCGCCGAGCGCGUCGCAGGACGUUGAUCGUCCGCGCGGACGUCCAGAGAAGCUGGCAGAGCAAAAAAUCUCUAAAGAUGCCCCUGCGGGACGAACACGCGGAGCACACGUUCGAGUCGUACAUCCAAGACGGGGAGCGAGUGAUGGGAGUGACUUUUCCCGACGGACGACGACGCGAGAAGUUGGACGGGGAGACGUGGCGCGUACGGUUGAUGCCGUUUGAUUUCUUGGGCGCGCGGGUCACGGUGUAUUGCACGCUGACGCUGACCAAGACAGAGGAGGGGUUGACGAUCGGCGCGAAGGAGCUCGAAUUCGUCGGGUUACCGCGCGAGAUGGAUUUAGAUGGGAAAGUGCGGCUGACGAUGGAGGGGGCGCUGCGGCCGCCCAGGGGGGACGGGAACGUGAACGGAGACGUGACGCUGACGCUGGACGCGGCGGUGAACGACUUUGUGGCGAUGAAUCCGGCGUUAGAUUUUGUGGUGAACGGAAUCAACGACACGGUGUUGGCGAAUUUACAGGGUUCGAUUGAGAAGAGUUUGCUCGCGGAUUACGGGCGAUGGUGGCGACAGUGCGAGCGUCUGGAGGCGCGAAGGAGCGCCAAGGCGGCGGCGGCAAACUAA